AUGUCAGGAGAUCCUGGAGGCUUAACUAAUCCUGUUGCCACUAUCAGUUCAGAGAGCUUAUUUGAACGCUCAACCGAGGGUUUUCCCAAGUCUGCAAUCGAUCAUUCAACCGCUGCUAAAUAUCGUCUGGAACAUUAUUAUACCUUGCAACUCGAACAAGCAAUCGAACGAAAUGAGAGGCGAGUAGAACUGGAGACUCGAUUGGAAACAGAACAAGGAAGUGAGGAACGAAAGAACCGUCAAUUGACAGCAUUGGGUCAUAAGGAAUCUCAGUUUCUGAGAUUGCGUCGGACCCGUUUGGGUCUAGCUGAUUUCGUGACUGUGAAGGUGAUUGGCAAAGGAGCCUUUGGUGAAGUUCGUCUUGUUCAGAAACUGGAUUCUGGCAAGAUCUAUGCCAUGAAGACCCUUCGUAAAGCGGACAUGUUUAAAAAGGAUCAGCUUGCCCAUGUCAAAGCCGAGAGAGAUGUGUUGGCAGAAUCAGAAUCCCCUUGGGUCGUUCAACUGUACUAUUCAUUCCAGGAUUCACACUAUCUUUACUUGAUCAUGGAGUUCUUGCCUGGAGGAGACUUGAUGACCAUGUUGAUCAAAUACGAUACCUUUUCAGAGGAUGUGACCCGAUUCUAUAUUGCGGAAUGUGUCCUCGCCAUUGAAGAUAUUCAUAAAAUGGGCUUUAUUCACAGAGAUAUUAAACCAGACAACAUCUUGAUCGAUCGAGAUGGACAUAUCAAGCUCUCUGACUUUGGUCUGUCGACAGGAUUCAAAAAGACACACGACUCUCAAUUCUAUCAAUGGCUAUUAGAAGGUCCAAACAAGGGCAAUGGCGAUAAUUCUAAUCAUCAUGGCAAAAACAAUGGGAACCAACAGGAUGGCAUGACCUCUUUAGAAGCAGGAGUCGACGCCAUCAACUUGACGUUUUCGAGCAAGGACAAAUUAGCGACCUGGAAGAAGAAUCGACGUAAAUUGGCCUAUUCUACUGUAGGAACACCCGAUUAUAUCGCACCCGAGAUCUUUUUACAACAGGGCUAUGGACAUGAAUGUGAUUGGUGGUCCUUGGGAGCCAUCAUGUUUGAAUGUCUAGUGGGCUAUCCUCCCUUCUGUAGUGAGAACGCUCAUGAGACCUAUCGGAAGAUCAUCAACUGGCGUGAACAGCUUUAUUUCCCAGAAGAUGUUCAUCUCACUCCCGAAGCUGAAGAUCUUAUCCGCAGACUGAUCUGCGCUCCAGAGGUGAGAUUGGGUAGGAACAGUGUACACGAGAUCAUGUCCCAUCCGUUUUUCCAUGGAGUGGAUUGGACUAGUAUCCGGAGAAUGGAAUCACCCUUUGUGCCCGUGUUGACCUCGAUUACCGACACCAGUUAUUUCCCAACAGAGGAUCUAGAGAAGAUUCCAGACCAUAAUCAUCACCAGGAGUAUAAUCACAACCAGGUCCUGGGCGAGAAUUCAAAACAGAAGGACUUGGCCUUUGUCGGCUAUACUUUCAAACGAUUCGAAUCCUUAACUAAGCGUAAUGCGCUCUAA